AUGACAAAAGCGAUAGUCAUUUACGCGUGCGUCUGGGAGUGGGAAGCUGUAGGAAGUGGUUUAACUUCACACCACUACAUGGUGCUCGUCGUCUACGAAAACCAGUACCCCAUCCCCAAUUCCAACCCCAUUGAUCCUUCCUCCUUCUCCUUCGUCUCCCACCUCAUCGCCUCCUGCGGGCCUCUCGCUGGAGAAGGCCCUCGCCGCCGCCAAGAAGCUCACGUCCAAGAGCAAUCCUCGACGCCGAGAGCAACAACAUCGAAGCCAAGCGCAAUCCUGACGCCGUGCCUCGCCUUCUUCGCCUCCCUCAUGGCUCACCAAGGACUCAGAUCUCCCAAGCUAUGCCGCAUCCCCCUGCCUCCUUCUUGUAGUCCCAGCAGCAAUCUCAAGCCUAAGGUGGAGUUCUAUCUCGGCGCAGGGUUCUCCAGCAGUGACCUCAGGAAGCUUUUUGGCUCUGAUACCCAACUCCUUCUAUCGAGCUUGAAGACGCGCAUCAUUCCUCCCUUUAAUUUCCUCGAGGAACCAUUCUUCACUCUGAUAAGGAUAUCAUCACCGCCGUCAAGUACACUCCCUUGCCUGGGCGUGCCGGAGAGGAGGAUUUCCGAGCUGGCCAAGUUCCAUGCCGAUGUGCUUUUGCGGAAAAACCGAGAAGUUUCAGAGAAUGACGGAGAGGGUCAUCGAGAUGGGUCUUUAGGCCAGCUCAUCAUUCAUUCACUGUUGCCCUUCGGUGCUUCUCUGCGGUCAGCGCUGCUACUUGGGAGGCAAAGAUGGCAGCUUUCAAGAGCUUUGCUGCCUGAAGAUGAGAUCCUUUUGGCAUUCAAGAAACAGCCUCUGAUGAUGACGGUCUCUUGA